AUGGCAUUAACCCCAGUAUAUAUUGUUUCAGUUGCUCGUACACCAAUUGGUUCAUUUCAAGGUGGUUUAUCAUCAUUAUCAUAUUCUGAUUUAGGUGCUCAUGCUGUAAAAUCUGCAUUAUCAAAAGUUCCACAAAUUAAACCAGAAGAUGUUGAAGAAAUAGUUUUUGGUGGGGUUUUACAAGCUAAUGUUGGUCAAGCUCCAGCAAGACAAGUUGCAUUAAAAGCUGGUUUAAGUGAAAAAAUUGUCGCCACUACUAUAAAUAAAGUUUGUGCUUCAGGUAUGAAAGCUACUAUAAUAGGUGCUCAAAAUAUUAUUUGUGGUACUAGUGAUAUUGUAGUUGUUGGAGGUGCAGAAUCAAUGUCAAAUACUCCAUAUUAUUUACCAUCUGCUAGAUCAGGUGCAAGAUAUGGUGAUGCUUCUUUGGUUGAUGGUAUUCAAAAAGAUGGUUUAUUAGAUGUUUAUAGUUCAAAAUUAAUGGGUACAGCUGCAGAAAAAUGUGCAAAAGAUCAAACUAUUUCAAGAGAAGAACAAGAUGAAUUUGCUAUUAAUUCUUAUAAAAAAGCUGGUGAAGCAGCAUCAAAAGGUAAAUUUGAUAAUGAAAUAACUCCAAUUACAAUAAAAGGAAUUAGAGGUAAGCCAGAUGUUACUAUAAGUCAAGAUGAAGAAAUUAAAAAUUUUAACGAAGCAAAAGUCAAAUCAGCAAGAACUGUAUUUCAAAAAGAAAAUGGUACUGUAACUGCUCCAAAUGCUUCAAAAUUAAAUGAUGGUGGUGCUGCAAUUAUUUUAGUUUCAGAAUCAAAAUUAAAAGAAUUAGGUUUAAAACCAUUAGCUAAAAUUAUUGGUUGGGGAGAAGCAGCAAGAGAUCCAAUAGAUUUCACCAUUGCACCAGCUUUAGCAGUACCAAAAGCUUUAAAACAUGCAAAUAUUCCACAAGAUAAAGUUGAUUAUUUUGAAUUUAAUGAAGCUUUUUCCGUUGUUGGAAUUGCCAACACAAAGAUUUUAGAUAUUCCUCAAGACAAAGUAAAUGCUUAUGGUGGUGCUGUUGCUUUAGGUCAUCCAUUAGGUUGUUCAGGUGCAAGAAUUAUUAUAACCUUGUUGUCUGUAUUAAAUCAAGAAGGUGGUAAAGUUGGUUGUGCUGGUAUUUGUAAUGGUGGUGGAGGUGCAUCAUCAAUUGUUAUUGAAAAAAUUGAUCAUGAAACUAAAUUAUAG